UGUUCACAACCUUGCAACGUGAAAACCAUUCCAUUUGUACGUAAUUAGUACACUCAGCCGCAUCGUUGUGAAUGAUGGGUAUCACGCGAUUGAACGACAAGGGACCAAGAAACGACGGAGUGAUAGAGGAAGCCUCGCUGGAAGAGUUGGCGGGGUGGCAUUUUUCGGCAAACGAAAACUUUGAUUGUGUGCAUUGUAUUAAGUUGCUUAGGGGGUGGUAUAAAGUUCUUAUCUAAAGUGAGAUCGACCGCGGGUGCUAUAAAUCAUGCGAAGCAUUAGACGAAUGGGUUAUGAAAUCAUCAUCAUUAUCAGAAAAGCAAUUCGGUAUUAAUUAUUGAUUAACAGUCAACCUCGCUACAGUUGAGCGAAUCAUGCUUUAAUUCGUCGAGCAUGCCUUGCAGAAAAGGUUGAAAAACGGGUAAAUCAAAACAGGCCAUGUUUACAUUUAAGAUCUGUCAAAGCCCAGCAUUCCGUUCCGGCGAUUUUUGUAAAUUUUGCAGCCAGAAGGUGAAUCCUGGAGCGUGUGAUUCCGUUUGUGUGUUGUUUCACAGUGGAGAGCUACGUUUAACGAAGAACAGCAGAGGCAAACGGUCAAGCGAGAUGGCUAUCUGGAGAGCAGCCGGCUUGAAUUACAUUAAUUAUUCAAAUAUUGCCGCCAGCUUGGUACGCAAAGCUCUAAAACCGGAGCUGCGAGCGCAAGCUGCUCGGCGCGAGGAAUCUCACAUCAAAAUGACCAAGUGGAAGGAAGGCAAGCCGGAACAAACCCAGCAACAGCAAAUAAAAUGAGACGAGUGGGCCGGGCAGCGACACAGCAGGAGUAGGCGCUACCGAUUGUUGUCAACGAAUCCUGCUGUACGGGAUGCGGGAAGCCACUUACCUGCUGGGUGUCGGGCAGGGUUUCGUUCAGAAGCAAAAACCCCGUGAAACUUUGAAUUCCAAUAAACUUUAAAUCACUCCAAACCCAUCAUGACCUGUGGCCCG